UUUGUUUUUGCAUACUGAUAACACGACGCAAUUUAGUUCUGUAGUGAAAAUUGGUUUUUCAUGUCGAUGGAAAAUCGGCCACGAUGAGCGGCAAUACACACGGACUCAGCUGGUUCCCGCACUUUCCGGACAAGUUCGUGUCCUGGGGCCAGGAAAUCCAUUUGUACGAGGUGCGCCGCAAAGAUGAUCACAGCCAGAAAAGUCGCCUGCCUUAUAUAUCCGUGAACUACCUCGCCAACGAAUCGCACUAUCAAUAUGCCCGCUGCGUGGCCGCCUCCUAUCACACCGACCAGCCCAUCAUAGCAGUGGGCCUGGCGGAUGGCAAAAUCGGCAUAUGCAACUUCCGGGACACCUACGACAGCAGCUGGGAGUACACCCCGCGUCAGCAGCGCAUGUGCACCUGCCUCGCCUGGAACGAGCUGGAUGCCAACAUCCUGGCCAUUGGACACGAUCGCCACCGGAACGACACGUGCAUCACCAUCUGGGACAUCGAGCGGGGUGUGCCCAAGGAGACGGCCAACUUCUUUGGCGUCGGCGAGUCCGCCAACUCGAUCUGCUGGGACCGCAACCAUCGCACUGUCAUCGCGGGCAUGAGCCAGAAGAUGAUCAAGCUGUUCGAUCUGAGACAAAGCAACGCCACCUGCCAGAGCAUUCAAACGAAGACAGUCCAGGGUCUCUCGGUGUCUCCCAAUGGCAACUACCUCUGCAGCUAUGUGGACUCAGUGAUCACGCUGUGGGAUCCGCGGAAUAUCAAGAGCCCACUCAGGCAGAUACAGUCCUCGAAGAAUCAUCUGCAGAUAGCCUGGUGUCCCACCAGGACUAGCCUGCUCUCCUCGCUGCAAAGGGACUCGUCCUACAUUACCCUCUACGACAUUCGGAGUGUGGACACCGAGAACUCCGGAGAGAUUUACCACGUAAAACGACAGAUCAGCCCUUUUCCGGCUAAAUAUCAGCACAGUGGCAAGUUUGCCUUUGUCAAUUGCCUGUCGUGGCACUCGAGAGAUUUCGAGAGGGCUCUCCUUUUGGCGGAUGCCUUGAAUAUCCUGGACUUCCGACUGCCAGCAACCCUGCACACGGCGCACAGCAAUCGCCGGCAGUUGCCACUGCUUAUGCAGCGUCCGCUUUACACACCCGCCUCACCCACCUCCACCACAGCGGUCACGCCCACACAGCAGCAGCCCACGAGCAGCUGCAGCUCAAAUAGCAGAAGUUCCCUGGAUCUCAGCAGUCCCGGUGGCUCGCCCUUGAAUGUGGAGCUGCUGGAACCGGAACUCUUUGAACUCGACCUGGUGGAUGAGACACGCCAACGUGCUCUAGAGGAUUAUGGCAUUAGGCCCGACAACAAGCGAUUUGCUGAGCUCCAUUUGACACCAUAUCUGCGUAAUGUGUGGUCCACUCUGAACAAUGUCUACUGCGAGGAUCGGCUGACGGGCUUAAAGGCCACUUUGGGCAUCAAUUUGGGGCACACUUCGGAGGCCUUGAUGGCCAGCUCCCGCAUCGAAUCUCAGGUGCUUCAAUGGCCAGAGGGCAUCAAUAACUCCAAUAAGCUAAUAUGUUACAGGAGUGAGCAACGUGACCUGGCCCUUCAGCUCUGCGGCUGGGCCUUCGAGCAGGAGCUGGAGCGCUUCAUUGACCAGCUGUAUGCCAACAAGGAGUACAGCCGGGCAGCCAUGAUCUGCGUGUUCCACCUGAAAAUCUUCCACGCCUGCAACAUCCUUUCCUUGGCGGCGGACAACAUGAGGGAUCCCAGCAUGUACAGGAUCACGGUGAUCGCCUUGUCCAGCUUUAAUGCAGAUCGCUGCAGUUCCACGUGGCGGAAUCAGCGCUCCAGCGCCAAUAUGCAGAUACACGAUCCACACCUUAGGGCUGUUUUCUCCUUCCUAACCAUGGAGAAGGAUAAUUUUGAUGCGGUGCUAAAGGAGGAGGGCGUUUCGCUGUCGGAUCGCAUGGCCUUCGCCUGCAAAUACCUGUCGGAGACCAAGCUGGCUGACUAUGUGACGCAGCAGAUCCAGGCGGCCAUAGACAGCGGUGAUCUGAACGGCCUGCUGCUCACUGGGGAAUCGUUGGACGGCAUCAACAUACUGCAAUCCUACAUGGACACCAGCUUCGAUGUGCAGACGGUAGCCCUGGUGGCCAUCAACUACUUCCGGCAAGAGCACUUCGCCGACAAGCGCAUCCAGUACUGGAUCGCCAGCUACCUGGAUCACCUCAACAGCUGGGGCCUGUGGGAGAAGCGCGCUGAGCUGGACAUCAAGAUCGAGGGUAUACGCGCCUCCUCGCGAAGUUCUCGCACGGUGUUUCUGUCGUGCAACUUCUGCGGCAAGUCCGUGUCGAAUGCCUUGUUGGACGAGCCACGUCCGCGCAGCACCACCACGAGCACCAAUCGACUCUCCUCCUGCCCCAGCUGCCGGAAGCCCCUGCCCCGUUGCUCGCUUUGCCUGAUGCACAUGGGCACCAUGGUGAACAUGAGCAAUGGGGAGAGCUCACACACGACGCCCGAAGUUCCCGGCCGGCAGACGAAGCCCUUCUCCAAGUGGUUCUCUUGGUGUCAGACCUGUCGCCACGGCGGUCACACCGAGCACAUCAUGCAGUGGUUUAAGCAAAAUUCAGAGUGCCCCGUGUCGUCGUGCAACUGUCGCUGCUUCGAUAUGGAUGGCACCAAACCGAACACGCUGAGAGACAUUUCCUAGCUGUCCGGAGAUCCAAUCCACAGCCCUUACUCGCCCAUGCCAUAUGCAUUAAGUUGUUGAUUUGUUCCAAACGCGCGCGCCUUAAACAAACUCAGAAGUGUUCAUUGUACUUAGACAAGGGAUGUGCCCGUAGAUUUAGUGUUUAUGACCUACCAGCUUAUAGCUGCUCAAUUGCAUUUUAUACUUACACUCAAAUAAAGGACAACAAAGACAA